AUGACUGACGUUGCACCUACGCGACGGCCUUUCAAGGGCUCAUGCCACUGCGGGGAGACGCAGUACAUCGUGUUCCUCACCUUCCCCCAUACUCUGCCUCCACCUCGUCCAACCAAAGAAAAAGGGCCACGAGCCCAUCAGGAAUUCUACCGAUGCAACUGCACCACCUGUCAGAAGGCAGGCUUCUUCCACAUGCGCCUCAACUCGGCCCCAGAGGAUUUCAUCCUGCUGCAUCCUCUGGACCCGUACAAGGAUCUUGGUGACUACACGGUCUACCAGAAAGACUUGCACUUCCUCUUCUGCAAGACGUGCGGCAUGCGGUGCUUCAUUCUCAUGGGACAAGGCGAGGUUGCAGAGGUCGAUUUGGAGACUCUUGGCGUCAAGUCCGAUGGUGAAAACCAGGAUGGUAACGUCGACGGCAAGAAGCUCACAAAGGUUUGGAAACCUUCUAAGGACAGUUGGAAAGAGGGCAAAAAGUUUGGGAGUUACCUAAGUGUCAAUGGCUACUCUGUCGAUGCUGGCCAGGAGGGGUUCGACUUGCGUGAGAUUACCGAAAAGAAGUGGGUGGGAUACCUCGAUUGGCUCGAGCUGAAAUCCGAAGGGUCUCAGGGAACUCGUUUCGACCGACCCUGGGAAGGAGGCGCUUAUUGA